AUGUCUCAGAAUUUCAACGGCUACCGUGGUACAUCUCACGGCUCACCACCGCCACAUGCGAACAAUGACUUUACAGGCCUCAUGGGCUCUUUGAUUUCACCUGGCACUGCCCCCGCUACACCACUUCAGCAAGCCUUUGGUAUGCCGUUCUACAACACACCGGCUUGGCAGAAUGGUGGGCAGGGGAACUACAGUUUCAACGUGCCAUUCCAAGGGUCGCCCGUAAAUCAAGAUGCUUGGAAACACAAUGGCGGAGAAGACUACAUGGCUCUCGGCCAACAAGAAGAGGAAGAAGAAGAAGACGACGAAGACGAAGACUCACUUAUGGUUGUUGAUGAUACAGAGAUACUCAAUAGUCUGCAGAAGAACCAACAGCACAAUCAGAACGGCGGAUCAGCAAGCCACACGCAAGCAGCAAACCACGAACCACCUGCUAAGCCCGGGCAGCUCCUCAACCUCGCUUCGUCCUCCCCACUAGCUCUACCUCACCCCAGACUACAGGGCCCGGUAGCCCCCACUCCAGCGUUGGUGACAAAGUUUCCAAUGGUCAACGAUAGCGCUGCGCGUGCAGCGGAGCUGAGAGCGAAGCUCCUGGCUAAAAGGCCUUCGACUACAGCAUCCCCAAGAGCAAGUCCGGCUGUGAAUAGAGCCGAGCUUCCCAACGCUACGCAGACCAACGCCCAAGAGCUGCAUAUAAACGGAGCACUGACAACAAGGGCGAAAGCGGAAGAUGAUUUGAAAAUUGCCGCGGUGCAGGCCACCGCAGCAACAAACGCCGAUGAAAAGUCUACAAGUAAACCCCAAGGACAACCUCAGGGUAAACCUGUCAAAGAUGACGAAUUUGAACACCUUUUUGCUCAAGCCAGGAACGCCGCCGACACUGCCAAGUCAGAAGCUAAGAUGACGAAUGGAAGUCGUCUUGUCAGAGCAAGUGUUGAGAAGCCAGCAGACCGACCCAUGAGCGACGUCAAACCGACAAAACCUGCUGUCUCAGACAUGCGCCCCGCCUUACAGAAGAACCACUCCUCUUCUGAAAUGUCCGAAGGAGAGAUUCACAGCGGUCCUCCCUCGCCAACCGUCGCUCCACCAUCCCCUAAAGCUACAGAGGCCAAGGAGAGCAAACAGGCUGACCAAGACAAGAACGAAAAGCUGAUGCGCCAGAAUGAGGUACACAAGGCGUAUCAACCUCUUAGGAUAUCUAAGCAACCAGCAACAGAGCCUGCAAAAUCAGGCCCAAAGAUGGCGGAUCACUCCAGAGCAGAACAAUCACCGUCCCCCAAAUUAUCGAACAAACAGCUCAAGCAGCAGGCGUGGAAGCAGAAAAAUGGCUACGCAGGAUCUCAUGAUUUUUAUCCAGACUCACGAAGGGAUCGAGAGUGGGAUCGAGCUAGAGGUCCUAACGCUAGAGAUGACGACAGAGAUUCAAGAAGACCAUCAACAUCACAAGCAUCUGCCAAUCUCGCUCAAGUCGAGCGAGACGCCCGACGAAGGCUGUCAGAUGAUGAGAUACGUCGACAACAGCGCACGGAGGAUAACGCCAGGAGAGCAGCGGAAUAUAAGAAAAACCUUGAGGCUCAACGAGCAGCAGCUGCAAAGAAGGCCUCAGACAGCUCCAAGGUGUUUUCGUCACCAAAAGACGUUCGCAGACAUGAACCGGAACCACGAGCAUCGCAAACCACUGAAGGACCCAAUGAUAGAGAUGAAUCAGAUGCGAUCCAACUCAACAUCGACACGCGAAUGCCAACAGUUGAGUCAGCGACUGGCGAACACGACAUUGACACCGUGAUGCUUUCUCCCACCGGGCAAGACAUUGAUGGGGACGAAGAUAUCAGCGACUGGCUAGAGCUGACCGAAUACUAUGACCUAGCUCAUCGCGAGAGAAGACUGACCUGGUUUCGCAAGAAAAGGGCGCUUGACGUUCAAAAAGCGGAGUUUGAACGAGAGGAACAGCUGGAGCUGCAAGAAAGGUCAAUGCUGAAGCGGGCGCAAUCUGUCCUGCCUGCCAACACUCCUCCCAAAGUCACCCGUCGCGCCUCUAUUGUCCAAGCCAAGAUGCCGCCUCCGCCCCUUCCCCUCAAAGAAGCUAACAGUGUGGGUAUCAAGAUCAAGGACUCGGCGUUAUCGGCCGGACUGCCGACACCCCAGACACCUACAACAAUGUUAAAGAGACAACAUGCUGAAGAUGAUCUCGACACUAGGCGCAUGCAGCCUGCUGACAAGAUCGCGCGAACAGAUCUUAAUGGGCAUGCUACUAACGAGAAGCCACUAACGAGUCCUGCCAGCGUUCAGGGAGAAGGAUCAGCCGUCAGAGGAGACCGAUACGUACCUCGACAAGGACGGAGCAGAUCCCCAGGAUUCAGACGUAGGAGCUUGAGUCCCCGUCACCAACGGCGCUCCAGGAGCGCGUCUCCUUAUGGGAACAGGACAUUCUCAACCGGAAACGGAUUUCCGAAACACCUUCGCACGUGCCACAACUGUGGUCAGCCAGGCCAUAUUGUCAACGAGUGUACCGAGCCUCGCCGCGAUGGUAAGGAAUGGAAUAGAGGCUCGAGCGAGUAUCAACAAUGGGUCUCUCCCAACUACCGCGGGCGCAACCCAGUAGCAGUUGCUCGGGGAGGAGGAAACCGCUCGCCUCACCCUCGUGGUGGAGGCACCGGGAAUCGAUCACGAUACAGCUCGAUCGGCAAAACCGAAGACGGAGAGACGAGCAGCUCAAGGGAGAACGUUGGCGGUGCCUCUUUGAAAUUAAGAGACGGCAGUCAGUCUCGUCGAUGA